UUAAAGCAGUCCUGGGAGUGACUGUCCAGAGGAGGCGAGGAUCCGGCUGCAGCAGAGAGGAGAAUGAGCUUCACUUUACAGAAGAAAGAAAACUUUCUCCGCAGCAGCCGAUAAACCCGGGACUUACAGGAACCGCAACGACAGCGCAAAAUCAGCGGACCCCCCUGCACGCCAAGGACAUGACGACGUUGCUGGAUGUCAGGAUGGGAACGCUACAGAUCGACAACAUGGAUCGUUCCCGCACGCCCUCCCCGACGCACUCCCCGAACUUCCUGAAUGAGAGUUGUAGUAUUGCUCCACUGACUCCAUCACAGUCUCCGAGGAGCGAGCGUCGGUCCGUCCCAUCGUCUCGGUUCGUUGUGGUCGUGGCCAUAGACUUUGGCACCACUUCCAGCGGUUACGCCUUCAGCUUCGUAAAGGAUCCCGAAGCGAUUCACAUGAUGAGGAAAUGGGAAGGAGGAGACCCUGGUGUUGCUCACCAGAAAACUCCCACGAGUUUACUGCUGACUCCUGACAAGACGUUCCAUAGUUUUGGAUACACGGCCAGAGACUUCUACCAUGAUCUGGACCCUGAGGAGGCUCGAGACUGGCUCUACUUUGAGAAAUUCAAGAUGAAGAUUCAUAGUACCAGCGACCUCUCCAUGAAGACAGAACUGGAAGCCUUGAAUGGGAAGAAGGUCCAAGCGCUGGAGGUGUUUGCACAUGCCUUGAGAUUCUUCAAGGAACAUGCAAUGCAUGAACUCAAGGAGCAGUGUCCAUCUCUAGAUCAGAAUGAAGGUAUUCGAUGGGUAAUAACUGUCCCCGCCAUCUGGAAGCAGCCGGCGAAGCAAUUUAUGAGAGAAGCAGCAUACCUGGCAGGUUUGGUGUCUCCAGAAUAUCCUGAGCAGCUUCUUAUUGCUUUGGAGCCAGAAGCCGCCUCCAUCUACUGCAGGAAGCUGCGACUCCACCAGAUGAUUGACCUCAGUUGUAAGGCUUUCUUCAAUGGUUUUACCACAGAUCAAUCAGUUGACUCCAGCUUCAGACAAGCGAGAGAGCAGCUCCGAAGAUCCCGGCACAGUCGCACAUUUCUGGUGGAGACGGGGAUGGGAGAGCUGUGGUCGGAGAUGCUGGCAGGUGAUCGAUACAUCGUGGCCGACUGUGGUGGAGGAACGGUGGAUCUGACUGUCCAUCAGAUUGAGCAACCAAAAGGGACCCUCAAGGAGCUGUACAAAGCCUCAGGUGGUCCCUAUGGAGCCGUUGGGGUGGACCUUGCCUUUGAGGAUAUGUUGUGCAAGAUAUUCGGUGACGACUUCAUCCAGACGUUCAAGGUGAAGCGUCCAGCAGCCUGGGUGGAUCUAAUGAUCGCAUUUGAAGCUCGGAAAAGAACUGCAGCUCCACAGAGGUCCAACCACUUGAACAUCUCCCUCCCAUUCUCCUUCAUAGACUUCUACCGGAGACACACCAGGCAGAAUGUGGAGACUGCCCUACGGAAGAGCAGUGUGAACUUUGUGAAGUGGUCAUCGCAGGGGAUGCUCCGGAUGUCGUCUGAAGCCAUGAAUGAGCUCUUCCAGCCGACCAUCCAGCAGAUCGUCCAGCACAUAGGAGAUCUCAUCAACAAACCCGAGGUGAAGGGCAUCAAGUACCUCUUCCUGGUGGGCGGUUUCGCAGAGUCUCCCAUGUUGCAGAAUGCUGUCCAGUCAGCUUUCAGUGAAGUGUGUCGGGUCAUCAUCCCUCAAGACGUUGGGCUGACAAUACUCAAAGGAGCCGUCCUGUUUGGCCUGGACCCAACUAUUGUGAGAGUCAGGCGGUCACCCCUCACUUACGGGGUGGGUGUCCUUAACAAGUUUGUGGAAGGAAAACACCCGAAAGAGAAGCUCCUUGUGAAGGAAGGCAAGAAUUGGUGCACCGACAUCUUUGAUAAGUUUGUGUCUGUUGACCAGUCGGUGGCCCUUGGAGACAUUGUGCAGAGGAGCUACUGCCCGGCACGACUCGGCCAACGCAAAAUCAUCAUCAAUAUUUACUGUUCAUCCAGUGAUGACGUGGUGUACAUCACUGAUCCUGGCGUCAGGAAGUGUGGCACCAUAAACCUGGACCUGCCAGACAUCAACGAGGCCAACGGCAAGAUCCUUCGUCGAGAGAUUAAGGCAAGCAUGCAGUUUGGAGACACAGAGAUCAAAGUCACAGCCAUGGACGUCAAGACUUCAAAGACUGUCCGAGCCAACAUUGACUUCCUCUCCAACUAAUGGAAGAUCUCACAUCUUGUGAACUCAUAGCACUUGAUAAUUUUUAAAGCGCCGCAAUCCCAACAAGCUUCAUCCAAAACAGGAAUCGGGGAGCAUAAAUAACGGUGCAGUUCCAUGUCGAUCUCUGUUUUAGGUCUGUUUUGGCAAGCAUGCGCCUUAUUUAUAAAGCACAUGGUCAACCAGCACCAGGCCAGACCAGAAGGAAGAUCUACAGGAGAAUUUAUAUCUUUCACCCAGAAUCUUUCUUUUAACCAAUUUCUGGACCAAUUCUUUUGUUUUCAGAUCAGAACAUUCGCCCCAGCUCCUAGACCAUGAACAUUUGGACAGAUUGCUGGCCGAGCUUAGUUAUUCACAUUAAAGCAAUUCAGAAUUCGUCAAAACCUUGUAUGCAAAAGUCCACAAAAGUCCACAAAAAUGGAAGCUACAUAUGGAAGUUUGCAAAGUUCAGCGAAGCUUGAAAGUCUGUAAACCCUAAUUUUUUAUAUUUCUGCAUAAAUUUGAACUAAAACGAUAUAAAAUUUUCACACAAGUCCUAAAAGUAGAUAAAGAACAAACAAAUGAGUCAAAAAUAUUAGACUUGGUCAUUUAUUUAUUGAGGAAAAUUUUCCAAUAUCACAUGUCUGAGACUAGCAAAAGUAGGUAACCCCCUUGUGGAGUAAUAACUGCAAAUAAACAUUUCUAGUAAUUGUUGAUUAGGCCUGCACAUUUUAGCCCAUUCCUCCGUACAGGACAUCUUUAGCUCUGCUAUAUUAGUGGUUUCCUCUCAGGACUUUGACUUGGCCAUUCCAAAUUUUUAACUUUAUUCUUUUUUAACCAUACUUUGGUAGAAAGACUUAGGGUCUUUUUCUUGCUGCACGAACCAUGUUCUCUUGAGAUUCAGCUCAUGGACAUUUUCAUUUAGAAUUAGUGUAAUUCAGAUUUCAUUGUUCCAUCGAUGAUAGCAAGCUGUCCAGGCCCAGAUGCAGCUAAACAGGUCCAAACUAUGAUACUACUGCCACUGUGUUUCACAGAUAGGAUGAGGGUUUCUAUGCUGGAAUGCAGUCUUCAGCAUUUAUAAACGCUUCUCAUUUAAACCAAAAAGAUCUCGUUUGCUCUCAUUCGUCCACAAAACAUAGCUCCUAUAGGCAUCUGGCUUGUCUAGGUGAUCUUUAGCAAACUGAAGAUACGCAGUAAUGUUCUUUUUUGGAGAGCAGCAGCUUUCUCCUUGCAAUCCUGUCAUGCACACCAUUGUUGUAGAGGUUACCUAGGGUUCCUUUGUGACCUCGUGUAGUAUUACACACCUUGAUCUUUGUGUGAUCUUUGUUUGUCGACCACUCUUGGGGAAGGUAAUAAUGGUCUUGAAUUUCUUCCGUAUGUACACAAUCUGUCUGACUGUGGAUUGGUUCAGUCAAAACUCUGUAACCUUUUACCAGCCUGAUGAGCAUCAACAACUUUUUCUGAGAUCCUCAGAAAUC